GGCUGAUGAAUCGUACAGAUUACCGUACGCCUUUCUAAUUCCGCCAAUCGUUUCAUGAGAGCGACGCAUUGGCUGGACGAGAAGGAAUCCAGACCUGAAAGAUUGAAUUAAUAAGAUAUUUAAGAGUCAACGUGAAGCACGUGAGUCAACACGAUAGAUAUUUCAUCUGUGAUCGGCAAGUACGGGAAAAUUAAAAGGAAGUGCCGUGAACAGAUAACGCGAGUGCUCAAACAGGACCGAAUGACACUCGAAGCUUGGUGACAUUGUUUCAUCUUCAUUUUUAUUGUAUUACGUACGAAAGCAAAGGCUUGCGCUUCGAAUCAUCGUUUUAUCUCCAUCCCGCCGCGAUGACCACUCUGACGCAUUGUUCGCUGUCACGAUCGUCUGUGAGCUGUCAGUUCGAUCAUGGCAGCCAAGACAACAUGCGAGACACGGCUAUCAUAGACAACAAUAAUGUCUUACAACGGGAAAAGCAGUCCUUCCCAAAGAGACCUGAGCUGGACCUGUCGUUCCGCGACAUACGCUACCGCGUCAGGGAAUGGAAUAUACGCAAUUUCUCAAUCAGCGAGAAGGAAAUUCUGCACGGCGUUAAAGGCGAAUUUAAAUCCGGCGAAUUAGUUGCCAUAAUGGGGCCGUCCGGAGCUGGAAAAUCGACAUUGCUGAAUGCUCUUGCCGGUUUCACGGUAAAGGGUGUGAGCGGAGAAGUUCGGAUCAACGGUAAAGUCCGUGAACUACAGAGCAAACUAUGGAAGAGGAUGUCGUGUUACAUACACCAGGACACCAUUCUCACACCAUACGUCACCGUCGGAGAAACCAUGACUUUAGCCGCUCAUUUGAAACUUGGCUGCACAAUCAGCUCCGCUUAUAAGCACACUCAGGUUUCAGAGUUGUUGGAGAUGCUAGGGCUGAGCCAUUGCUACGACACUUUAUGCGGAAAAUUAUCGGGAGGACAGAAAAAGGAGCUUGAUAUCGCUUUAGAACUCCUAACUAAUCCUUCAAUAUUAUUCCUCGACGAACCAACAACUGGUCUGGAUUCCUUCUCGUCUAGCCAAUGCGUCGCUCUCAUGAAACGAUUGGCGGAAUUAGAAAGGCGUACGGUAAUCUGUACGAUUCAUCAGCCGAGCGCCUCACUUCUGGAGAAGUUUGAUUCCCUGUACGUGAUGGCCGAUGGUCAUUGCAUAUACAGAGGCCCGGUUAGAUCCUUGAUACCACACCUGGCUUCCGUCGGCGCCCAAUGUCCAUUUAAUUACAAUGUAGCAGAUUUCGUCAUUGAGGUGGCGAUCGGCGAAUACGGAGUUGAGCUCGAUAAGCUGGUGGCGGCGGCGGAAACGAUACCGAACGAUGAAAAGCAGGUCGCCCUUACCGCGAGGCAGCCUGAAGAAACAGAUAAAAUCAAGGAACCACCACUGCCUGCCGGUUUCUUGACGCAAUGCUACUUUUUGUGCAAGAGGCGACUUCUAAGCUUGAAAAGACACUAUUCUUUACUACUGGAACGACUGCUCUGUCAUCUGUUAAUUGGCGUACUUUUCGGAUAUCUGUACAUGGGAAUCGGUUAUCAAGCUAAUUCCCUAGGAAAUUAUGGUUAUUUAUACGGAUCAUUGAUGUUCCUCGUCUUCACUGGAAAAAUGACUGCUUUGCUCGCCAUUCCAUUGGAGAUGCGGAUUCUCAUGAAGGAGCAUUUCAAUUGCUGGUACCGAUUAGCGCCGUAUUACAUCAGCUUAUUGCUGGUCGAGGUAUUCUUCCAAGCAGCGUGUGCGACGUCGUAUUUGAUGGUGAGCUAUUGGUUGACCGACCAGCCCGCAGAAACGAAUCGUAUAAUAUUGUUUAUGCUAGUCAGCAUAGCUACCAGUCUGACGGCGCAAGCGUGGGGUUUCUUCAUCGGUGUUAUUAUGUCGAUUAAGAUUGCAGUCAUUAUUGGACCGAUAAUCGCAACGCUAUUCUCCGUAUUCAGCUUCGCCUUCCCUUACAUUGAUAUGCCGUACCUGUUUCGUUGGAUGUUCCACAUAUCGUACUUUCGUGCGGGUUUGCAGAGUUUAAUAUAUACUAUAUACGGAUACGACAGAGAGGACUUGAAGUGCGAUAAACUGUUUUGUUACUUCAAGAAACCCAGAAAAUUCCUCAUCGAGAUAAACGCCACUGAUAUAAACGUGAUCAAUAAUCUGGUACUCAUCCUCGGCAUCGGGGUACUGAUGCAUUUUCUAACGGCUAGCGCGCUUUGGUGCAAGCUCAGAAGAUGAGUCAAAUACCUAUUGAAGUGGAUUACAAUGUUAUCUAUAUAAAACUUUAUUUAAAAACAUUGAUUUAGCUGACUAAGCACUAAUUUAUUUUUUGUUUAAUAAAAAUUCUGAUCACAUGUGAAGUUAUAAUGA